AUGGGCCCGAAGAGAAAGACACCAGCGCAGGCGAAGUAUCCUGCGAAGAAGCAGCAGACAGCCGCGGCUCAGCAGCCACCAGCAGGAGAGCAAUCGAUGACGGCAAAUCAGCUCACGAACGUCGACCAGCACAUGGGAGAGGCAGAUCAACCUGCUGCUAGGGAGCAGGUAACGGAGCUCGAAGCCACCGCAGAACCGACCCAGCGUGCUAAAGGAAAGCAACCAGCCGGUAAACUUCCUCCCUGGAUGACCAAACCACCUUCGAAGUUGAACGUCGGGGAGAAGAAGCUAAAGGCCGAAGUGCAAGCCUGGCACAUGGUCAAGCACAUGGUACACUCGCUGGAGGUGCUACUAUCCUGCCUUUCGGGUUUCGGCGCAGCCGUCAAGCUGUCGCGAAACAUGCGCACCGUCAAGGAGGAAAAGCUGGGCCUGAACGUCGACGGUGAGAUCCAGUACCUAAACAAGCAGCUCAAGUGGUGGUCCCAAUUAUUCCUGGGCACAUACCGUAUGGUUUCCGUCAAUCGACUCGCGCUAGAGAAGUCCCCGGUCCACGACAUAAUUAGUGAGGACGUGGACAUCGUCGAAGGCCAUAGUGAAUAUUAUCGUCUCUAUCACGAGGCCAUCAACUUCGGCGAAGGCCCGAUCUGGCAAGUCAUGCAACACAUAUACGGAAGAGAAGAUGGCAUCAUUCCGGAUGAACAUGACAUGGCUAUAUUCAACCGGGAGGUUCGAUACCGUCAAAGUGCGCAUUAUGAUAUCCAAGCGUUGGGCAUUGCAGGAUGGCACAACGUCUUGAACGAAUUCAGUUGGCUCCUUGGAGAGCCCAAACCCGCCCUGCCACCAAUCCUGCGGCUGGCGCAACCUGCGAGCUACACUCCUCUGCUGUUGCCUCCAUCAAGGGGAUCAAAAGCCCCUACUGCAAAGAACAAGCCCAGUGCGACUGCCGGCUUGACCGAAGUCAUAAUCAUGGCCGAUCCCUGCACUGAAGAACUACCUCUGGAUCGACGGCUUGGUUCGGAACGUGCGAGAACCCCCCCCCAAUACGGAGCUCAGAAAAACCCGUUGGUCGAUGCUGACCUCGAACUCUACGAGCUGCAAUUAACGACGCACAUGCGAACGUUCAAGGUCACCUAUCAGGCUAUACAGCGGACUACCAACGCCGUUAUGAAGCUGCCUGUCUAUAUGACUCUGGUCACGAGAAGAGUCAAAGGGUUCAUUUCUCUGAUGGACGCAGCGACAUCCGAGAUGGGCCUUAUUGACCGUCGUGAGCCGAUGUCUAAGUUCCGCCAAACGCCCGAGUUCGUAGCGACGCUUUGCACCCGAGAUGCUAAACUUCAACUGCAGAAGGCCGUUGAGAAGCUUGAUGAAAUGCACAAAGGGAACCCAGCGCAGGGCACUGGAGGAAGCUGCAAUGCGGUUCAGGAGCUUCAUGAGGUGAAGGAGCUGUUGGAGCCCAAGACAGAGCCGCCAUCAGAGGCCGACGACGACGACGACGAUGACAUAGAAGAGGACGCGGAGGAGGAUAAGGAGGGUAGGGAAGCGGAGGAGGAUGAAGAUGAGAUGAAGCUGAGCCAGUGA